UUUUCAACUGCGACUAUUGCGUGCGAGGUAUCGACUUGCCAGAGGAACGACUAUCGAUGACGUCACUCGACGCAGCGCAACGUCUGGCAACGUGCCGGUAGAUCGGGAUCCUCGAGAGAGAUCAAAACAAACAACAACCCUCGUUCAUUGUGCGGAUUGCCCUCUUCGUUAACCUUACGUGAUCGAGGAAUCUAAUAAGGAAUAGCAGAAUGAGCCGAAGAAAGAAGCCGAAGGUUGAGUACAGAGAGAUGGAAGAAAAAUACAAUCAGAUCGAUGAUGAAAAUGCUUCUGAUACUUCCGAGAAGUCAAAGACUGGCCUCGGCACGCCGGAAAAAAAAAUCUUGCCUGAACCAAAAAAGGAAACGUCAGAAGCGUCCACUGCUCCCAAAGUUGAAGCUAAAGAGGAAGACGAACAGGACAGUGAUCACGAAGAUCCACAUGUGAAAGAAUUAUUGACUGGGCUGGAAGGCGCAGCUUUCCAAAGUCGUUUGCCGUUUGAAAAGCUGACCUCAACAGAGGCUGCCUGUUUCCUUGACGUGUCUGGAGGACCGCCGCAAACUCAAAAAGUAUUUCUUCAUAUAAGGAAUAGAUUGCUGCAGCUAUGGCUUGAAAACCCUAAGCAGCAAUUAAUUAUCGAAAAUGCUCUGCCAGCUGUGGAAGCACCAUACAACAGCGAUCCGAUACUUGUUCGCAGAGUUCACGCCUUUCUCGAACGGCACGGUUUCAUUAAUUUUGGUGUUUUUAAACGACUUAAGCCAUUGCCAGUGAAGAAAUUGGGUACAGUUAUAGUAAUUGGAGCUGGGAUCGCCGGGUUAGCUGCUGCUCAGCAAAUGCAGCAAUUUGGAUUAGAAGUUAUUGUGCUUGAGGCUCGGGAUCGCGUCGGUGGGCGCAUAGCAACAUUUAGAAAAUCUUCGUACAUCGCUGAUCUUGGAGCAAUGGUUGUGACGGGACUUGGUGGAAAUCCUGUAACUACUCUUAGCAAGCAAAUCAACAUGGAAUUACAUAAAAUCCGACAAAAGUGUCCACUGUAUGAGAGUGAUGGUCAAACCGUACCAAAGGACAAAGAUGAAAUGGUCGAACGAGAAUUCAACAGAUUACUGGAGGCCACAUCGUACUUGUCUCAUCAGCUCGACUUUAAUUACGUUGGUGGUGCAGCCACUGCAGUUAACCAACAAGGUCAGGCAGCUUCAACGAGGCCUGUAUCUCUUGGACAGGCAUUAGAGUGGGUUAUUCGUCUACAAGAGCAAGGAGUCAAACAACGUCAGGUUGCACACUUACGCUCUGUACUUUCUCUUCAGAGUCGAUUGAUCUCAAAUCAACACAGGAUGAUUGCGAUCAAAGAACGUUUGGCAGAGUUGAAUAAACAGUACAAAGAAAUGUCGGAUAGCAAAUCACAGUCACGUGACAUUACGCAAGAAUUUGUCAUUCGGUCAAAAAUGCGUGAUAUUAACAAUGCUUGCAAGGAGUGGGAUCAACUUGCCGAGCAGCAAAAAGAAAUUGAAGCAAAGUUGCAGGAGCUUGAAGCUUCACCGCCAAGUGACGUGUAUUUAUCAUCGAAGGAUCGGCAGAUACUAGACUGGCACUUCGCUAAUCUGGAAUUCGCCAAUGCGACGUCGCUGUCUAAUCUGAGCCUGAAACACUGGGACCAGGAUGACGACUUCGAGUUUACUGGAAGCCAUCUAACAGUUCGCAAUGGUUAUUCUUGCGUCCCAGUGGCCCUGUCAGAGGGACUCGACAUUCGACUAAACACUGCAGUAAGAGCCGUUCGUUACGGUCCAAAUGGCGUCGAGGUCUGGGCCGCGCCCUCGAGGAGUCCGCACACAGCGCACACGGUCCACAAGGCUGACGCAGUCCUGGUUACGCUUCCUCUGGGAGUCCUGAAAGCCUCAGCCCAGCCUUCGGCGGUUGCCUUCAACCCACCCCUUCCCGACUGGAAGUCACAGGCGAUCCAGCGUCUCGGUUUCGGCAACCUCAACAAGGUGGUGCUCUGCUUCGAACGAAUCUUCUGGGACCCCACCGCAAACCUUUUCGGUCACGUCGGAAGCACGACGGCGUCCCGAGGAGAGCUCUUCCUCUUUUGGAACCUAUACAAAGCUCCGGUUCUACUAGCUCUCGUUGCUGGCGAGGCAGCUUGUGUGAUGGAGAACGUUAGCGACGACGUUAUCGUGGGUCGAUGCAUCGCCGUCCUCAAGGGUAUAUUUGGAAACCAAGUUGUGCCUCAGCCACGCGAAAGCGUUGUUACCAGAUGGAGGGCCGACCCUUGGGCACGAGGGUCGUACAGCUUUGUUGCUGUCGGGAGUUCCGGAAGUGACUACGACCUUCUCGCGGCACCCGUCACUCCUCCAGCUCCUCCGAACCACCCACCUGGGGCUCCACCUCUUCAGCCACGUUUAUUCUUUGCAGGGGAGCACACAAUUCGCAACUAUCCGGCAACGGUGCACGGCGCAUUUCUCAGCGGACUAAGGGAGGGUGGACGAAUCGCUGACCAGCUCACCGGAUGUCCUUACGCCCCUCUGACGCAGCCGACGCCUGUCGUUUCCACGGCCGGAAUCGUAACGACAUCAUCCGCAGCGCCGGGCGGAACGCCGUAGCGCCCGACACCCAGAAACAUCUCAUCGCCAGGGGCCUCGCGAUCUCCGAUCGUUAUUGUCGAUUGAGAUCCGAGGCGGAUUCCCGUGUGAUAUUCUUAUUGCCAUUUUUGGAAGAAACGUCGUUAGGUUGUGUCUGGUAAU